AUGACGGAAAAUGAUAACUCCAAAGCCAACCCUGGCGUGUUGAAAUUCGUAUCUCAACCGCUAGAGGAUAUACAGGAACUCACAUACCUAGAGUACCUCUUGCAAUUGGCUUUUCACACCACCGAUCUACACGUCACGAAAGGACUUAUGCUGGCUUCUACAGCAGAUGAAGAACAGUUCAAACGUGAUACAACGACAAGGUUUAGAGGAUCACCAAUAUCAGUUUGGGUAGACAUGAAUCGCAUGGAACCGCCACAAUCGUUUGAUAAUUGUAUUACAAACGGGGUUAUUUCUGUAGAUUUAACACAACAACUCUUCCAAUAUGGAACUAUACCACCACCCGUUGGAUUUCAAGGAAAUCCAACCGGGUCAUAUCGGAUGCUGUUAUUUAAACUAGCGCUUGGAAGGAUAAUGGCACAUACACCAGAAGCAGGUGACCAUGAUGCUUUCUUGAAGCGGACGGUACCAGCUGGAUAUGAUACUAUCGAACUCUGCACGAACACGGAACCCGCAUUCUACAAUGUUAUAUAUCGUAUCAGCUCUGCCAAACAGGCAUUGCUCUAUGCUGUUGUAGAGUUCGAAUUCACACCAGUCAAGAUCGAAGUACCAGAACCAAUAUGCGAAAUGUGCGAAAGCUCAGUAGCACAAUGGUACUGCCAUUCUGACAAGGCACAUUUCUGUAAUGCGUGUGAUACCAAACACCACUCGGUUACACCUAUAUUCUCAAGGCAUGUGCGCGUAUCCAGCUCACAGUCACCAGUACAAUUUGGAGUAUGCGAAUCACACCCAUCAGAAAUAAUAGAUGUAGUGUGCCUCCAGUGUAAUCGAGCACUAUGCAGCCAUUGUAUAUUAUUUGAUGCUCAUUCCGAUCCAUCGUUCUUCGAUCAUCCACUUAUGUCAACAGUAGAUGCUUACGAGUGUGCUAUGCACAAAAACUCGGAAAGUGAUGUCGAACUACACAAACGUAUGGAAACAAUUACGGGAAGAGUGCGUAAUCGCCAUGAACUACUCUCACAGCUUUAUGCAAACUUCAACAACGUUAGACAAAAAAUAGAUGCUGCAACAGCGUUACUACUAGAACAACUGGGGAGUAUGCGCCGUAGGAAACUGCAAUAUAUAGAGGCUAUCAAACGGGAAGCGGAAUUGGAAAUGUUGCAGAUGAAAUGGGUUGAAGCUUUCAUGUCACACCUACUACUGGCACUUAACCCAGCGGAUUUUAUAACGAAUCGCAAAAAAUAUGAACUGUUAGUUAGCAAAAUGUUUGGCGGAGAAUGCAGAGUCACGGUAUCAAAUCUACCUUUGUGGAUGAUGCAAAGAUUGGUACUUGUAGGGACCACGCAACUACGCAAGGUACCGCUACAACAAGUGGGAAUUGAUGACGCGGUACACCAUCCAACAGAUGUUGAAGAUGCAACUGUUGCAGGCGACUUCACUCGCACAAACCUAUUCGAAGAUCUGGGUGACAGUGUUGGACAUGUAAGCGGAGAACGCAUAGACCUCAGACAUAAAAUAGAAUCCAUUCUCAGGAAUGAACCAAUGGAACUACGACAAGUACCAGUCGAUGACCCAGGUAAAGGCAUUAUAGAUACCGAUAAAUAUGACAUCGGUGCCACGGAUAUGGACUGUUAUUCACCCAACUACAUGGGAAACGACACUCAACCCUCAGAAGCCGUAUUGGCCGUACAGGCGCAUAUGCUGGAACCGGUAUGGGCACUCUUGUCAGAAGAAGGUAUGGCAACAUUGUUGCAUUUUAUACGGGCCGUACGAAUACCAGAAAAGAGUCAUGUCAUACGGCACCUGGCAACGCUAGCCAACCACUUCGAAGAAAUGGAUUCGCUGGUAACAAAUGCAUGUGAAUUCGAGAUGCAAUCGCUUUGUGAUACCAAUCUGUGUAUGUUAAUGCGAAGCUCAAGCUGCCUUAGCGAACUUCUGUGCUUCAUAUUCCUGAACGAACGCUAUGGAUGCUCGGAGUCCCUAGAAUGGGUGCGAAUGUACUGCGACGGAAUACACGCAUUCCUCGCAGACGCUAAGGAUACCAAACGUGGUGCAGAAGAGGCCGCUUCACAUGUAGUGAAUAAGCUUGUGAAUUCCGUAGAUGCUGCCACCAUGCCUUCAACACUCAGAUUCGUGCUAUAUUUCCUUGCAGAACUCGCCGGAGAACGUGCCGACAGCCUAUGUGUAGACAUGCUACUAGGAGUACUAUUGUCUACCCACAUAGCGCGAAAUGUACGAAGUAUAGCAAGAGAGGCACUGACGGAGGUGUCAUUCUUAAUGGGCCGUAUUGGAAUAGCAUGCUGGGAUGCCGUCGAAACAAACUCGGUGGAAUUUUGUCUGGCAGCAAAGCUAAAGUUAUGGAUGCGGGCCUUGCUACGGAGGACCAGACUUAGAUCGAGUAUACAUACAAGGCCGGCACCUGUGGCAAUUGAAUCUUUACAUUACGUGCUCAAAGCAUUAGCCGCUCUGGAGCAUGAGUUUAACUCCGGCACCAGCAACCUAUCAAUACAACAGGUAAACGACCUUACAACGAGAUACAACUUUAUACCGCUGUUCGAAAUCGCAGCAAGAUGGGCCGAUAAUAACCACGGUGCCGUACACGUGUAA